UAUCUGAGAAAUAGAACAACUUUGAAGCACUUCUCUCUCUUCCAAAUACCAUGGUGAGGGUGGUUGGUGACUCUUUCUUCUUCUUCUUGUUCUUCUCAAUUUAACACGGUUUUGAAUAUAUAUAUGUAUAUAUGUAUAAAAGAAAAUCCUUCUUUAUAUUUAUAUUUUUCACUCCUCAAUUUCUCCUUCAUUUCCUUGCUUAAUUUCCCAUAAAAAUCUUUUACCCAAAUUUUAUUUAUUUAUUUCUUCUUUUUUCUCCAUUUGGUUCCUCAAUUCAAUUUUCUUGAAAAUCCAGAAGCAAGGUUUCUAUCUCUUUCUUGGAGAGCUUCUUUUAUUUGUCUAUUUGAAAAAAACAAGAGUUGUUAGAUCUCAAAGCCUGGAUCUUUGAAAGCAGAGCCUUCUUUUUCCUCCUUUUUUGGUCUAAAAGUUCAUCUUUUGAUUUUCUUUUUGGCUGCUUUGGGUUUAAAUUCAAAAACCAAUUUCAGCAACAACAAGAAAAACCAGAAAAGAUCUUAGAUUAAGUUAUUGGGUUAUUUCAUGGGAAAUUGUUGUGCGACUCCAUCAACAACAGCUUCUCAUGAGAAGAAGGAGAAGAAAGGAAAAAAGAAGCAGAAUCCAUUUUCUCUUGAUUAUGGUCAACAUCACCAUGGCAACGGAGGCCAUAAGCUCACUGUUCUAAAUGAUCCAACUGGGGGAGAGAUUGAGCAAAGAUAUGAACUUGGGCGUGAGCUUGGGCGUGGUGAAUUUGGGAUCACAUUUCUUUGUACAGACAAAGAAACAGGGGAUACUUUUGCAUGCAAAUCAAUAUCAAAGAAGAAGCUAAGGACUGCCGUUGACAUUGAGGAUGUAAGAAGGGAAGUUGAAAUCAUGAAGCAUUUGCCUCACCACCCAAAUAUUGUUACCUUGAAGGAUACUUACGAGGAUGACAAUGCAGUCCAUUUGGUUAUGGAGUUGUGUGAAGGUGGUGAGUUGUUUGAUAGGAUUGUUGCAAGAGGUCAUUACACUGAGAGAGCUGCUGCUGCUGUCACCAAGACCAUUGUUGAAGUUGUUCAGAUGUGCCACAAGCAUGGUGUGAUGCACAGAGAUCUCAAACCUGAGAACUUUCUGUUUGCAAAUAAAAAAGAGACAGCGGCAUUGAAGUCGAUUGACUUUGGUUUAUCAGUGUUCUUUAAACCAGGUGAAAUAUUUACCGAGAUAGUCGGAAGCCCCUACUACAUGGCUCCUGAGGUGCUGAAAAGAAAUUAUGGACGUGAAGUUGAUGUUUGGAGUGCCGGUGUUAUCCUUUACAUCUUACUUUGUGGUGUCCCACCUUUCUGGGCAGAAACUGAACAAGGAGUUGCGCAAGCAAUUAUUCGCUCUGUUAUAGAUUUUAAGAGGGAUCCUUGGCCUAAAGUUUCUGAGAAUGCAAAAGACCUUGUGAGGAAGAUGCUCAAUCCUGAUCCUAAGCAACGACUUACAGCUCAGGAAGUUCUAGAUCAUCCUUGGUUGCAAAAUGCAAAGAAGGCUCCCAAUGUUUCCUUGGGUGAGACCGUGAAGGCAAGGCUCAAGCAGUUCUCUGUAAUGAACAAGCUCAAGAAAAGAGCUCUCAAGGUAAUAGCUGAGCAUCUCUCUGUGGAGGAAGUUGCAGGCAUAAAAGAGGGAUUCCAAUUGAUGGAUACUGCCAAUAGAGGCAAGAUUAACAUUGAUGAGUUAAGGGUUGGGUUGCAUAAACUUGGUCAUACCAUUCCUGAUGCAGAUCUUCAAAUACUAAUGGAAGCCGGCGAUGUAGAUAAAGAUGGAUAUCUGGACUACGGAGAGUUUGUUGCCAUUUCAGUUCACUUGAGAAAGAUGGGCAAUGACGAGCACCUUAAAAAGGCCUUUGAGUUUUUCGAUAGAAACCAAAGUGGUUAUAUUGAGAUUGAGGAGCUAAGAGGUGCCUUAACCGACGAAGUUGAAACAAACAGUGAAGAAGUCAUUAGCGCCAUCAUGCAUGAUGUGGACACAGACAAGGAUGGGAGAAUAAGUUAUGACGAGUUUGCAGUGAUGAUGAAGGCUGGUACGGAUUGGAGAAAAGCUUCAAGGCAAUAUUCUCGAGAGAGGUUCAACAAUCUAAGUCUGAAAUUGAUGAAGGAUGGGUCAUUGCAAAUGAACAAUGAGCCCAGAUGACCAAACACCAUUGACAAAGUUCUACUAAUGAAAAAUGGCUGUUGAUUUCAGUGUUAUUUUUAGCUGUUAUUUUUUUCUUCUUUUGGGUCUAAAAGAAAAAUCCUUUUUCAUACCCUUAAUUAGAGUUUAUUAGGAUUGAGCCACGCCAAGGGUUAUUCAUGCGUUGGAAAUUGCAAUUUGUUUUUGCUUGUUUUAUGUACUUAGAUUUGGGUUCAGAGUGUUGGAAAUAGAUAUAUGAUUUAUAUGGGUAUAUUUAUAUAUAUAUGUACAUAUUAGAUAUUAAUACAAUUUAGAUUGAUGUAGAACCAUAGCUGAUGCUAUGAUGGAUGUUCUUUUUAUUUUUUUUCUUUUUAACCGAUAAAGCUGACAUUUACUUGAAA